CAACAACAACAACAACAACAACAACAGCAGCAGCAGCAGCAGGCCGGGGCGGUCGGGCGGGCAGAAUGUCCCAGGAGAACCUCCUCGGCAUGGAUGAGGGAGCGCUGCGGAAGCUGCUGGAGGCAACGCUGGACCUGGCAGAGCGGCGCCGUAUCCGCUCGGCUAUUAGGGAGCUGCAGCGGCAGGAGCUGGAGCGGGACGAGGAGGCGCUGGCAUCCAAACGCUUCCGCGCAGAGCGCGGCAGCCACCGGCAGGACAACAAGGAGAACUGGCCACGGUCCCAGCGCCUGGAGGAGGAGCAGCAGACAGCCCUGGCCGCCUUGUCCCGGCAGCUCGAAGACAUCACUGAUGUGGAGGAGCUGACAAAACUGCUGCGGGCAGCAGGUGAGUACGAGGAGCGCAAGCUGAUCCGAGCUGCUAUCCGCAAGCUGCGGGCCGAGGAGAUUGAAGCUGCCACCCUGGCUGGGAACGCGCAGAGCAGCCGGAGGGACGGCAGCAGGCCCCCCGCUGUGCCUGGGGAUGCGAAAAGCAACCAGAGGGAUGAUGCUGAAACACCAGCCCUAGCUAGGAGCGGGAAAAGCAGCCAGAGGGAUGACGCUGAGCAGCCAGCCCUGGCCAGGAGCAGGGAGAGCCACGGCGAGGGCAGCACUGAGCCCCUGACCGUAGCCAGGAGUGGGGAGAGCAGCCAGCGCGAUGAUGCAGAGCAGCCAGCGCUGGCUGGGCUGGAGGAGAGUGGCUGCGGGGGGGCUGCAGAGCGGCCCCCUGCCCAGGAACCCGAAGGCUCAGCGGCCCAUGAGAAAGAUGACACAGUGGAGGCGGAGCACAUCCCAGCUGGGAUGCAGGAGCUAUGCAGCCAGCAGGCGGGAGACCCCCAGAAACCCAGCGCCCAGGCUGUGGUCUCGGGUACCCUUGUGCUCCUGGAGCUGCAGCCGGCCCCGGAGCCCAGUCCGGAGCCUGAAGAUGGUGGCGAGGAGCCAGAGCAGGACCAGCCAUGUUCCCCAGGUGCUGCCCAGCCCAAAGGACAGCACCAGACAGCCUGGAAGGAAGAGAGUCCCGGCAGCCCCGCCACUGCUCAGGAGCCCAGCGUGGGGCAAAGCCACCGGGUGGAGCAGCAUCCCCCGGGCCAGCCCAGCACAGGCAGCCAGGGCGGCCAGCUUGAUGUCAGGGUGCGUGGCCAGAUGCUAGGGCCGGCCAGGAGGCAUGGGGAGCUGCCAGCGGUGGCAGUGCCCACCCAGAAUGUAGUGGGGACCCCGGCUUGCCUGAACACUCACCAGUGGCAGCAAGCAUCCUCCACCCUGCGCUUGGCUGGUCGUACGGAGCCCAGCCCCGCCGGGCCGUCGCCGCGGGCCGCCUCGGUGCGGGAACGCGCCCAGCGCUUCACCCCGGCGGGCCCGGGGCCGGCCCCCAGCGCGGCGGCGGGCGGCCCGGCGGGGGCGGGCGGCGCGGGGGGGCGGGCCGGGCCCGGCCAAUGGCAGCGGGGGCCCCGCACGGCCCCGCUGGGGCCCGCUCAAAACGCGCGGGGCGGUGGCGGAGGCGCAGAGCAGCGCCCGGCCCCGGUCCCCGCCGGCCCCGGCCUCGACGGCAUGAAGACCACCUUCACCAUCGAGAUCAAGGAUGGGCGCAUGCAGCCCCUCACACCCCGCGUCGUGGCCACCCCUCGCAGCCAGCGGGCAGAGGUGACCCUGGGACUCCGGAGCACCCCCAUCCGCAUCACUACUGUCCCCAGCAGUGGCAGCAGCAUCUGCAGUAUCAGCAGCAAUGUCAUCAAGGACCCUUGCGCCCACUUUGAGGGCACUGAGGAGCCCGGCGGCCCUGUGGCCCAUCCACCCGCGUUCUCCAGCACGCGCCAGCAAUCGGCCCUGCACCUCUCCCGGAGCAACAGCGGCAUGGAGCCGGAGGUGGUGGAGCAGCCCCAGGCACCGAGGCUUGAGCCUGAGGUGCCCAAUGGCAUGGAGAAGGUCCAAGUGAGGGAGCUGGAGAGAAGGAGCAAGCUGAACGUCGAGGAGCUGGGCAGGAUCGAGGAUGAGGAUGUUCUGGAUAAGAUGCUAGAUCGGACAACAGACUUUGAGGAGCGGCGACUGAUCCGAAACGCCAUGCGGGAGCUGCGCCAGCGCAAGCGAGACCAGCGGGAGAAGGAGCGGGACCAGCGGCUGCUGGAGACAAGGAGCCAGGCUACAGCAGGGAGGGCCGGCCACACCACGGAGACCACCACUACGCAGAGCACCCAGUCGGCCGAUGGCUCGGCACACAGUACUGUCACCAAGACUGAGCGUCUCGUCCAAUCUGGUGAUGGCACCAAGACCUCCCGUACCACAACCAUGGAGUCGAGUUACAUGAAGAGAUCAGACCAUGGCAACAGCACAUUCGUUCAAACCAAAUCAUCCUACAGCUCCUCUUCCAAGAAGACGGGCAGCAUCUUCGACCGUGAAGACGAGAGUGCCUCCAGGCAGAGCAGCCUGGCCGCACUGGAGCGGCGCCAGGCUGAGAAGAAGAAGGAGUUGAUGAAAGCUCAGAGCCUGCCCAAGACAUCAGCUUCGCAGGCUCGCAAGGCCAUGAUGGAGAAGCUGCAGAAGGAGGGUGGGAGUUCGCCAAACCCCACGCUGGCACGCACCGCCGUGCAGCGCUCCUCCAGCUUUGGCGUGCCCAAUGCGAACAGCAUCAAGCAGAUGUUGCUGGACUGGUGCAGAGCCAAGACCCGGGGCUACGAGCACGUGGACAUCCAGAACUUUUCAUCCAGCUGGAGCGACGGCAUGGCCUUCUGUGCCUUGGUCCAUAACUUCUUCCCCGAGGCAUUUGACUACAGCCAGCUGACGCCCCAGAACCGCCGCCACAACUUCGAGGUGGCCUUCUCCUCUGCAGAGACGCUGGUGGACUGCGUGCCCCUGGUGGAGGUGGAAGACAUGAUGAUCAUGGGGAAGAAGCCGGACUCCAAGUGCGUCUUCACCUACGUGCAGUCCCUCUACAACCACCUGCGUCGCCACGAGUUGCGCAUGCGGCAGAAAGAGUGCUAGAGCCUGCCCUGCCCGCUACCCCCCCUGCCCUCAGGGCUGCUGGCGGGCAGGGGAGCUGCCUGCCCCAAGAGGGUCUGGGGGGGCCACAGGACUGAUGCUGGGGAUGGGAGGCUCUGCCUCACUGGAGCUUCCUUUGCCCUGGGUGGCUGCAGGCUGACCCCAUGGGCAGGGCAAGGCAGGGCCAGGCAGGUGCUGCUUGGGAUGCUCCCCAGCUUGGCUCGCCUCCCCUGCUCCAGCGCGUUAAGUUAUUUGUUUUCUAGGAGUUGUUUGUCUGCGGGCAGCACCCCUGCAUCCCCGAGGAGGCCCAGGCACGGUUGCGCCCUUGGGCCCAGGGCUGGUGUGAGUUGGCAGCCGAGUGGGGUUGCGCAGCCCAGCCUGGGUCACAGUGCAUCCCAUGGGCAGCGUGCCUGUGAACGGUUCUCCUCGGCCCCUUGUGAAGAAGCCCCUCUCUCCACCACAGGCCCUGCUUGGUGCUACCUCCCUGAGGACAGCUCCAUGCUGACACCCUGCUUCCCACCACGCACGUGCACCCUGGUGCACUUCCACACCGGGGGGGUGCAGCACCUGUGUGCUGGGGAGCAGGCAGGGAGGUGAGGGGUCCCGGGGGAGCGAGGGGCUCAAAGAGUGAGCCGGGAUGGCAGCCCCCACUCUCCUCCCCAGCUUGGGACACCACGUGCUUAGUGCUGCUCAUUCCUCCAUCACCGUCUCUACACCUGCGUUGACGUGUACCAACACCAGCCAGACAAUAAAGGUUUAUUCUAUAGGGCAA